CAGAGAAACCAGACCUGGAGGGCCAGAAGGAAAGGCACCUCCAGAGGGAUCACGCAGGUCUGUCUCUGCGAUCAAGUCAGGUUAAGGAUCCAUGGCCCGAUGUAGACCACCCUGAAGUGGAAAAUGCAACAAGAUCCAAUCCUCUGAGGAUAAGAAAGGAGACAAGAACCUUGGGGGCCGUACAAAUAAUGGUUGGCCUGAUUGUUAACAACCUGGGACUACUCUGGACAUAUUUGCUUCUCACACAAAUGAUUGCAUUUCAAAGAGAAUAUAUUCCUCUGGCAGCACUAAUAGGAUAUCCGUUUUGGUCAUCCUUACCUUUUAUUAUCUCGGGAACAUUGUCAGUAUUGAUAGAGAGGACGCGGUCAAAGCACUUGGUGAACUGUACUAUAGUAAUGAACAUUUUAAGUGCCAUUAUUGCAACGAUUGGUCUGAUUUUAUUAUCAUUGGAGCUUUUAUUAUAUAAAAUAAGUUCAGGAACUCCUAUUUGGCCACAUGUAAGUGGCAACAUGCUUUCAGAAUAUUUGUUCCUAUUUACCUUUCUGGAGUUGUUUUUGUCAGUUUUAGUGACCUCCUGGGCAUACGAAGCAAAAAGAACAUAAUAAAGAUACAAUCCUUCAGGAUAUCCUUUUCCUGCAUAUUAAAGGACCUCAGACAAGGAGGAAAAUUUAGUGGAGAAUGAAGAACUUCAUUCUGUUCAAGAGGCCUCUUGGAAAAUGUAAUUCAAUUAUGUCCAUCUCAGUA